ACCGUAGGUGGACAGUGGGACGGGUUGGCUUGUUCAACAUGGCUGCCUUCUUUCGGCAGCUCCGGCUGCUUAUGUGGAAGAAUUACCUUCUACGUCGUAGAAAGAUAUGUGUGACAGUCUUUGAAAUUCUUUUACCUCUGUUGGUUGGAGUGAUAUUCUUCAGCAUGAGAUUCACGGUUUCGCUAAAACAUAAACCAGCCACAGUUUAUCACCCAGAGGAGGUGAUUCGACGAUUGUCGCUCUAUUCGGACAAUCACAUUCUGUUCACACCUAACAAUUCACUCAUCAAUGAACUUACCAUGGAUAUUAUCAAAACAGCCCGCAAUGAAAGCUCCCUACCAAGUUAUGGUAUACCCAAAUUCAAGGGGUUUUCAUCGAAAGAGGCCAUGAUGGACUACUUCAGAUCAACUGAUGAUUAUAUCCAAUUUGCUGUUGAGUUUGAAAAAGUUGCAAUGGCAGACACGGUGCUACCGAAGAAAUUGCGACUUGUCAUACGUCCACGAGGUAACGCUUACGGUGGGGGCUGGCACACGGGAGUGACUUUCCCCUACCAGGUUACUGCAGGGCCAAGGGCAGAGGGGAACGGUCAAGAUUAUGCAUAUUUUGUGUCUCUCCAGCGUAUGUUUUAUGAAGCCUUGAUCAAACAUUUCAAUCCCAACGCAACUGAAACACUCAGCGAGAUGAAGAUUCAAAUGCUGCGAAUGCCAUACCCACCCUACAUCGUUGACGCUAUGAGCAUCCUGCUACAGUAUGUGUUUCCUGUGUUGCUGAUGCUCAGCUUCAUCCUCAUGGCCAUCCAGACAACAAAGGGAGUUGUUUAUGAGAAGGAAAAAAAACUGAAAGAAUCUAUGAAGCUGAUGGGGCUGAGUGCUUCAGCUCACUGGACAUCUUGGUUCCUGACCAGCUUUAUAUAUGUGUUGGUCGUGAUGGCGCUGUACGUUCUGCUGUGUGGAGUCAACGCAAGUGGAAAAGGAGCAGCUCUGGCCAAAUCAGAUCCCUCCCUGUUCUUUGUGUUCCUCCUCUGUUACGGCGUCUCCAUCAUCUCCUACUGCUUCAUGAUCAGCGUCUUCACGCAAAGAGCAAACAUCGGAGCAGCCGUCAGUGGAAUCAUGUUCUUUGUGUCCUACUGCCCGUACUUCUAUCUUGCUAUCAUAUACCAAAACAUGUCGAGGCCAGCUAAACUGGCUUCCUGUCUCUUGUUCAACGUGGGAAUGGCGUUUGGUGCAAAUGUUAUAUCACUUUAUGAAGGAGCUGGCACAGGUGCGCAGUGGUCAAAUUUCCAUGAGCCUGCUACUGUGGAUGACAACUUUUCCUUGCUGGACGCCAUGUUGAUGUUGCUAGGCGACACAGCAAUCCACCUCCUCAUCACCUGGUAUCUGGACAAUGUCUGGCCAGGAGAGUCUGGUGUACCGAAACCAUUCUACUUCCCAUUCACCGGCUCUUACUGGUGUGGAACUAAACAGAGGAAUGCUGAUCUUUCAAGCAGUCAGAGCUUGGAUGAGAAGCACUUUGAAAAGGAACCAAGUGGUAUGAAGAUUGGAAUAGCCAUCCAAAACCUCAGAAAGGUUUUCGGAUCUGGGGCGAAACAAAAGACAGCCGUGGAUGGGAUGAGUCUCAACAUGUUUGAGGGUCAGAUCUCUGUUCUCCUGGGUCACAACGGCGCUGGAAAAACUACAACCAUGUCUGUUCUUACAGGUUUCAUUCCUGCAUCUGGAGGCACCGCCAUUGUGAACGGCUACGACAUCAACAACGACAUCCAGAGUGUCCGGCAGAGUCUAGGCUUGUGUCCUCAACACAACAUCCUGUUUGACAGUCUGACUGUCCAGGAACAUCUGGAACUGUUUGCAAGUUUGAAAGGUUGUCCGAGCAAAAAUGUUGAAUCUGACGUUAUCGCCAUGAUGAAUGAAGUUGGCUUGAGUCUGAAGAGAUUCACCCAGUCUCAACAUCUAUCUGGAGGACAGAAGAGGAAGCUCUCUGUUGGUAUUGCUUUGAUUGGAGGAUCGAGGAUUGUGAUAUUGGAUGAGCCGACUUCCGGUAUGGAUCCUGCAGCCAGAAGACAGACAUGGGACAUCCUUCAGAGGAACAGACAAGGCCGGACCAUGUUGCUGACCACUCACUUCAUGGACGAGGCUGACCUUCUCGGUGACCGCAUCGCCAUCAUGACAGAAGGGGUGGUCAAGUGCUGUGGGACAUCCUACUUCCUCAAGAAACUCUAUGGGGCUGGUUACCACCUGGUGAUGGUGAAGGAACCCACCUGUCAGGUGGCAUCAGUGACGGCAGUUGUCCAGCAGCACGUCCCUACAGCAGUCAUGGAGAGCGAGAUCAAUGCUGAACUCUCCUACCUGCUGCCUGAUGACCAGUCAGCCAACUUUGCUGCUCUCUUCAAUGAGAUUGAAAUCCAGAGGGAGGCGCUAGGCAUAUCUAGCUUUGGUGCAAGUGCAACUACGAUGGAGGAAGUGUUUCUAAAAGCUGGUGAGGAGGAACACGAGGAGGAUGGAAAUGUCAAUGACGAUUACCCUACAGGAUCAAGAAACAAUUUGAUAUCAAGCGGAACAAAUGGUUUGAGCAAUCGGAGUUAUGAACUGAGCGAAACGGCUGAUGUAUUAGCAUUUAAUGAGGGUUUUGAGAAAAAGAGAGGAAUACUGUUGGAGUUGUCUCGCUUCAGAGGAAUGUUUGUAAAGAAGGCUCUACACACAUGGAGGAACAAGAAAAUCACCAUUGUCCAGCUCCUGUUACCAGUAAUUUUUACGAUUGCUGCUUUGAUUGUGAGCAACGCAGACCACGGGAAGGUGGUCGAGGUUCCAUUAACACUAGACUUGGCACCAUUCAAAGGCACCUAUGUCCCAUACGAAGGCGGUACUGAACCACUAUCACAGCAAUUUUCACAGGCAUACCAUGAUCAAUUUCAGGGAACUAAAGACAAACCUGAAAUAAUGUCGACAAAUAAUGUGACAACGUAUUUAUUGUCACAAGCAAAAGACCUUAGUCCGGCAUUGUACAAUAAGAAAAUGAUUAUUGGAGCACAGUUCACAUCCAGCAACGAAGCCAUGGGUAUUUUUAACGGUCAACCUUACCAUAGCAUGCCCAUUGCUUUGUCUUUCAUGAUGAACGCAUUCCUCAAGAAUUUUACAUCUCCGGAACAUUCCAUUACCACAAUCAACAACCCACUUCCUCUUGAUGAUGCACACAAUGAUAUUCAAACAAUGUCCUCGGUAGACGCAAUUGGCUUUUCUGUGGCUUAUUGUAUCGUAUUUGGCAUGGCCUUCCUGGCUUCAUCCUUCGUGUACUUCCUCAUCAAGGAGAGACUGGUGGGCGCCAAACAUCUUCAGACUGUCAGUGGAGUUGGACCGUUUGUCUUCUGGUUCUCCAACCUGGCCUGGGACUACAUCAACUACCUGAUUCCAUCUCUGUUGCUGUUGAUUGUGUUUGCUGGGUUCCAGUCUCCAGCAUAUACAGAAGAUGGGAGAUUGGGCAUCGUGUUCCUCGUCCUUCUGGUGUAUGGUUUGGCAGUUCUCCCAUUCAUGUAUGCACUCCAGAAUAUGUUCAAGUCUCCUCCUACCGGGAUGGUUAUCAUCAUCAUCAUAAAUAUUCUCACAGGCCUUGCAACACUUUUGUCAGUAUAUAUGCUGACUGUCCUUAGAAAGAAUUCUGAAGCUGAAGUCGCAGAUUGGCUGUUUCUCCUAACUUUUCCUCACUACAAUUUUGGCAAGUCAUACAUGGAUAUGCAGACCAACUACAUGUUCCUCGACGGGUGUAGAAAGAACAACUACCCCUCUGUAUGUGCUACAUCCUUGGGAGAUCCUUGCUGUAAAGACUCAUGUGGGGAUUACUGUUUUCCAUUCACUGAAAACUUCUUGGCGUGGGACUCUCCCGGAGUUGGGCGCUAUAUUGUGUUCAUGCUGCUCCAGUCUGUGGUGUACAUGUCUGUGACACUUAUUAUUGAGUACCAAAUACCACAGAGAAUCUGGUACGCCUUCAGACCACAGGAUACAGAAGAACCACUACCUGGUACGACACCAUUCACCGCCAUGCAACAGGUUCCAGAGGAUGGGGAUGUUCUCAGUGAAAGGCAUCGUAUUGAUCAACUUCCCAUUGAAGAAUGGAACUCAGAUGCACUGGUCCUGAAGGAUCUUUACAAACGAUACGGGAACUUCGUUGCUGUUGAUAAUCUGAGUGUGGGCAUUCCAGAGAAGGAGUGUUUUGGUCUCCUUGGACAAAACGGAGCAGGAAAAACAACAACUUUCAAAAUGAUUACUGGAGAUGUGAUGCUGACAAAUGGCAAUGUUUUCUUGAAGUCCUUUGACAUCAAGACACACCCCCAGAAGGUGCAGGAGAACAUGGGCUAUUGUCCCCAGUUUGAUGCCCUGAUUGAACAGAUGACCGGACGAGAGACUCUCACCAUGUACGCCAGACUCAAAGGGGUGCCGGAGAACAGCAUUAAGGGCGUGUGUGAUCAUCUACUAGAUAUCUUAAUGUUCAAGCAAUAUUCAGACAAACCAACAUCCGAAUACAGUGGUGGUAACAAGCGUAAACUGAGCACCGCCAUCGCUCUGAUUGGAGACCCGGCCUUCAUCAUGUUGGAUGAGCCGUCCACGGGGAUGGACCCCAAGGCCAGGAGGCAGCUCUGGAACGUCCUGUCUCAAGUACGAGAACGUGGAAGGACACUCGUUCUCACGUCUCACAGCAUGGAAGAAUGUGACGCUCUGUGUACAAGAAUUGCCAUCAUGGUGAAUGGAAGAUUCGUCUGUCUAGGAACACCACAACAUUUGAAGACCAAAUUCGGUCAGGGCUACACGCUGAUAGCCAGGAUGAAAACAGUUGAAACCGAACCAGGAGUAUCAGAGGAGACAGCUCCCGCUUCAACGGAACCUCUGGUGAACUUCAUCAAAUCAACCUAUCCUGACACCAAGGUGUUCGACGACCAUCAGGGCUAUGUUCACUUCCAAGUUCCUUACAACUCUGUCAGUCUCGCUCAGAUCUUCACCGUGAUGGAACAGUCCAAGGUGCAGUUCUCUGUCGAGGACUAUUCAGUUCACCAAACAACCCUCGAACAAGUGUUCCUCUCAUUUACACGUGCGCAGAUUCCACCAAAGGAGGACAAAACAAGCUUUUGCAAGAGAAUAUGUUGCUGUUAGUUAGUAUAAUGAAUAUUUGUACGAACACAAAUAUUUGAAUCUGAAAAGACAAGUUUGGUAAUUUAUAUACAGCGUAUGUGGUAUAAAGUAUGUGGUAUGUGUAUAUACACGUGUCAUAAAGGAGUGAGUGAGUGAAUGAGUAUGGUUUUACGCCGCUUUUAGCAAUAUCCCAGCAAUAGCACGGCGGGGAACAUCAGAAAUGGGCUUCACACCAAGUACACUCCCUGGUUGAUAAAGUUGAUGUACAUACGUUGUGUCUACAUCGCUUAGGUGAACAUUUAUACCAGACGUGAAUACGUACAGUAUAUAAUGCCCAUGGAUCAGAAAUAUGGGGCUGCCAUUAAGCGGGUCAAAAACAUUUUUUGUGUACAAUAUCUUGACACAUCAAUGAAUAACUCAGCACAAUUUCAAAACAUUACGUGAACGUUUGCAGUCCAUUCAGACUCUUGACUUCAAUAUCUAGUGUGACCACAACG